AAUCACAAGCAUACGCGUCACGUUGGGCCUGAAAACUAGCUUUCCUGUGUCCUAAAUAAGGACUUUCUUCCACACAGCAACUCAGCCCAUCUGUACAGAGGCAAGUGUCAAAUGAGGUUGGUGCCUGCAGGGUUACAGGAGUUCACAAGGAAAGCUGACAGCCCAGAGGGUGGGUGCCGACCAACCGCGCCUGCAGCAGCGGCUUGGAAGCACAGCACGCUUCAGAAAUGUCAGCUCUCCUUCAGGAGCUGCUCCGAGUCUCCGAGAAAGCGGCCCACAUCGCCCGAGCAUGCAGGCAGCAGGAAGCGCUCUUCCAGCUGCUGAUAGAAGAAAAGAAAGAGGGAGAAAAGAACAAGAAGUUCGCCGUCGAUUUCAAGACCUUGGCUGAUGUCCUGGUACAGGAAGUUGUAAAACAGAAUAUGGAGAACAAGUUUCCAGGCUUAGGGGAAAAAAUUUCUGGAGAAGAAUCCAAUGAAUUUACUAAUGAUUUAGGGGAAAAGAUCAUUGUGAGACUGUGUUCCACAGAGGCAGAAACGGCUGAGCUUCUCGGCAAAGUUCUGAAUGGUAACAAAUUAGCAUCUGAAGCAUUAGCCAAUGUCGUUCAUCAGGACGUCUCCUUUACCGACCCAAUUCUGGACUCACUAAAGAUCGAUAUUCCGCAGGACAUUUUGGGAAUAUGGGUGGAUCCCAUAGAUUCCACGUACCAAUAUAUAAAAGGCUCUGCAGACAUCAAGCCCAUCCAAGGCAUUUUCCCAAGCGGACUUCAGUGUGUCACCAUCUUAAUUGGUGUCUAUGACAUCCAGACAGGCAUGCCCCUAAUGGGUGUCAUUAAUCAACCUUUUGUGUCACAAGACCCAACCACCCUCAGGUGGAAAGGCCAGUGCUACUGGGGCCUCUCUUACAAGGGGAACAACAUCCAUUCGCUUCAGCCCAUUCCUACACGGAACAGCAGUGAAAUACCAAGCCAGCGGAUUGGGAACCCCAGCUUGGAAGCAGCACCCCACGGUUUUUCAGCGGUCAUUAGCACAAGUGAAAAGGAGCCGAUCAAAGCCGCCUUGCUGCGCGUGUGUGGAGAUAGCAUAUUCCGGGCAGCCGGGGCCGGUUACAAGAGCCUGUGUGUUGUGCAGGGCCUUGUCGACGUGUACAUCUUUUCGGAAGACACCACGUUCAAGUGGGACUCUUGUGCUGCUCACGCCAUACUGAAGUCCAUGGGCGGGGGGAUGGCAGAUCUAAAGGGGUGCCUGGAAAGAAACCCAGAGCUGGGGCUCGACCCGCCACAGCUGGUGUACCACGUGGCAAACGAAGGUGCCUCGGGGGUGGAUCAGUGGGCCAACAAGGGGGGACUCCUGGCAUACCGAUCAAGGAAUCAACUGGAGACGUUUCUCAGCCGCCUCAUCCCAAAUCUUGUACCUCACGAUGUGAAUACCUAGUCUGACCUCCGUGUCCACGUAAACCUAACUGAAAAUAGUCCGCCCGCCCACCCCACUCUUUAGAGGGAGCUUUCCUCCAUUUUGUUAGCAUAAUUACCAAAAAAAUAAAUGAUAUUCAAACAGCAA